ACUUCAGUUUCAUGGUACAACAUUGAACACACAUUAGCUUUUUUCUUAGAGAGUUUCACUAGACUGGUGGUUAGAGUAAAAGUGUUCUAUGGUGGUUAGUUUAUAGUUACUAGUUACUACCAUUUAUUUUCUAAGCCAAGCUAGAUGUUUUUGUGCCUAAUGUGAAUUUCUGUUAAACGUUGUUGUGUUAGUACAAAUUAUUCUAUAGGUUCAUAUUCAUAACGAGCUGUAUCGUAAUCGAACGUUCAAUUCGUCGAUUAUUCGAUUUUGAAGAAGAAGUUGCAAGGAAUUUGAUUUUAUAUAAGUAUACAAUAUCUUCUGGAAUCGUUUUGCAGGCUUUAAUAUGCUUUCUGAUGAAUCUAGCAGUGAUUCAGAAACAGGCAGGUUUAAAUGCCAGUCAAAUACAUCUGAUGAAAAGAAAUCAUCAAGAACCAAUACCUCAAAUUUGAACCGCAAUAGGAAUUCUGCUGAAAAAUUUGAUAGAAGAAGUAAUAGAGACAGAUUUGAAAGGUACCCUCGAGACAGAAACAGGCACAAUAGGUACUCUCCUGUUAGAAGUAGACAUCAUAGAGAUGGAAGUAGAGAAAGGAGGUCACGUGAUAGGCACAGACAUAGAGAUAGCCGUGAACAAUCAAAGCGUAGAGGUCAUAGUGCAAGUAGAGAAAGAAAAAGAAAGUCAAGAUCCAGAUCUUACAAGUCACCUUUACAUAGAAAUAUCAAAACUGAAAUAAUUUCAAAGGAUAGAGAAUCUGAUAAAAACAGUAAAAAUGUGACAGAAGAGAUAUCAUUGUCUCCAUCAUCAGUAGUUAAGAGAUCAGAAGUUCACAAACCAGUCCAAGAAGAAGUAAAAAAAAGUCAAAGUCCAGUGCCUUUACAUGAUAAUAUUGAAAGUGAAGAAGAAAUACAACCAGGUUCUUAUUACAGCAUGGUACCAACUGUAGUUAAGGAGAAAUCUGAGGAAUCAAGUGAAAUUGAUUCAUCUGAUGAUGAGAAGCUGAGGGCUAAAUUGCUUAGCAUAGAAAGAGAAUUGAACAAAAAUAAGAAGAGGAAACAUAAAAAGAAACACAAAAGAAAGACUUCUAAAUCAAGAAAGGAGAAGGCUGAAACUCCUGCAAAUAUUGAGGUGAGCAGUACAACAGAUAUACUGGAAGUUAGCAUAGAGAGUAACCCACAAUCAGAAGAAGUAUCAUCAACUCAGAAAAAUUCUCAAGCAGAUAAAAGUGAUGGAGAGAUUUUGAGUGACAAUUCCACUGAUAUAGAUCCGAAUGACUUAAGACAUAAAUUGAAAAGAUCAAAAGAAAAAAGUCAACCUUUACUUGAUGUUUGUGGUCCUGCCUUGCCUCCUCAUCUACAAACUCACUUUAGAAAAAGUAAUUCUCCAGAUGUGGAAGUUGUUGAGACCCCAUGUAGUAAUGAGGCUAAAAAUAUAGGCCCAUCAAUCCCAGAUGAUCUGCGUAAAGUAUUAGCUGCAAAAAGUCAAGAAAUACUUGUAAAUGAAAGCUCUGAAGAUGAUGGUAUUGGUCCUGUGCCUGUUGGAGCUGAAGAAAAGCUGUCGGAAGCACAUGAGCGCUUGGAAGAGAGAGCUUAUGAAUUGAAAAUUAAAAGCUUGGAAGGUCAAAAUUUGAAAGAUAAAGAUGUCAAAUCUAGGGAGGAAUGGAUGCUUGAAUUGCCUGAAGGAAAAACAAAGUUUUUGGGACUUGAGGCUCGAAGUUUUAGAGCCAAAGAAGGGCCCGAUAUGUCAGACAGAUCCAGUUGGACUGACACGCCAGAAGAGAAGGCACGUAAGGCAGCAGGUGUUGCCAAAGAAGAAGAUGCAGCCGAAGCCCUGAUACGAGAGGCCAAGGAACGACAGAUAUCCAGCAGGGAUAAGGAGCAGGAGGAAGCUGUGAGGAAGCAUAAGAAGAAACAUAGAAGAGACGAGAGUCUGCUCGACUUGCAUCAAAAGAAAUUGAAGAAGAAAAAGAAGAAGGAGUCCGAAGACAAAAAGGAACGCAGACCAUUCAGUCGCGACGUAGACCUGCAGGUGAAUCGUUUUGACGAAGCACAAAAGAAGUCCAUUAUUAAGAAAGCUCAAGGACUGAAUUCGAGGUUCUCCGCCGGCGAAGCGAAAUAUUUAUAACGGAAACAUCAGCAGGAAGACAAAUAUCUCCAUGGCGAACGAUCCAGCGCUGUCCUCAUCCAUACUCGGCGAUUUUGACCAGAUAAUCGGUCCAUCUUAUGGGAGGCCUACCAAAAUUGCGGCCAUCUGUCCGUCGAGCUAUGUGCCCUGCCCACUGCCACUUCAGGUUUCACAAUCGUCUGGGCUAUGUUAGUGACUUUGGUUCUCCUACAGAUCUCCUCAUUUCUGAUUCGAUCACGCAGGAAAGCUCCGAGCAUAGCCCUGUCCAUAUAACGGAAUAAAUGCUAAAUUAUUAUCUAAUAAUACGUUUUAUAACUGAGGGUUACCAUAAUACCCAGUGUUCUGUAUUACCAUUAAGUUGCAUUAAUUCUUAAAACUCAAAGCUGAAGCAUUCUCCCAACUUAAAGGCCGGGAAUGCAUAUUAACCCUGGUGUUCCAGAUGUCCAUGGGCGGCAAGGGCGUGCAUAUCAUAUAGGCAAUUAGGCAGUGCCUACCUCGUUACGAACCUAAAUAAACAAAUUUUAAAAUGAACGCUGCGGGACUCGAACCCGCGACCCCUCUCUCUCUCGCGUUCCGUGCGAGCGCUCUUUGCACUGAGCCAACCGUCCGAGUGACGUAUCGUUGAUACAUCUUGUAUAUCAUGUUCAACUCUCAAAAUAAACUCCAUGCUAAUAAGAGAUGUCUUAAUAAUUAAGGGUACACCGAGCUUCUAAUGAAUCUAGGUAUUCCCUUCUGAUAAUUUAAAACAUAUACAUACAUACAGCCUACCUCGCUAUGAACCUACUCUAUAUAUAUAAAAAUGAAUUGCUGUUCAUUAGUCUCGCUAAAACUCGAGAACGGCUGGACCGAUUUGGUCAAUUUACGUCUUGAAUUAUUUUUGGAAUUCCAGGGAAGGUUUAAAAGGUGAAUAAAUAGGAAAAUUCUGCUAAAUUAAAUAAAAACAACAAAUUGGUUUUUCCUUUGAUGUGUCCAUACAUAAUUUCUAUGAGAGAAUUUAUUGACGCACGGUUUGACAGUGAAACAAUUUCAUUACCACAGCAGGGUGCAUAUUUUACGAAGUAGUUUUUGAUUUUAUGAUAUGUUAUUGACAAAUUCAUAUAAAAACAUUAUUUUAUUUAUUAUAUGCAGAACAACGUCUGUCGGGUCAGCUAGUAAGUAAAUAAAAAUAAAUAAGUUAAUUUACUACCUACGAUAGGCAGUCUACAGAUUGCAUAUACGAUGCAAGCAGCGUUUCAAACAACUUAUGUCUUGCCGAAGCGCAAAUACGACUAGUUAGAUCUACAGUACCUACCUUUCUACAAAACCAAUACACGCCUCAUGGGCGGUAGCUUCACCACUCCCAUCCCGUGAACCUCUUUAUAUAAGAGGGGGCAAACGGGCGUUUGCCCUCUUAUAUAAAAAAUAAACCUUUUUGGUUCUUUAAAUCCUUUUUCAAAUUUGUACAAAUGUUUAAGAAAUAACUGCCACUUUUGUUUAAUAAUAAUAAGUGCAUAAGUACUAUCGGCAAAAUUGAACCGUGACCCACUUUAAUGUCACUAUCCUACAGCCAUAAUAAAUAAUAAGGUCGAAAUUCGCGUGAACAUAUAUAUCCUAAGUAACUGUUUUCAUUUUAUUAGACAUUGACAGUCAACCUAUUAUUCUCAUAAAAUCUUUUUCAUGCAAAUAUAAACCUGUUUUUAUGUUUUUAUGGAAAUUAUCAACAAAGUAGGCCAUGAAUCAAUUUCGUCGAUGGUACUUCUUUUCUUCUUUUUCUUUAUUGAUUUAGGAGCUUUUAUACGUAUGUACAUGUCAGCCCCAUUAUAAUCUAAGUACAUUAAAAAGACAAAAGAAAAACAAAAUUCUUAACUUAACAAACUAAAUAAAAAUGUUAAUAAAACGAAAAGCUAGUUAUAUCUAUAGUGUUCAACAAAUAAGACUUAUGGAUUCAAACAGACUUACGGCAUCCUUAGAUGCAGGGCGGGCAAGUAUAUUUACAAUAAUGCCCGUUUCAAAUCUGUUCAAGUCCAUAAGUCUUACAAUUUUGUCUCUACUAGACUGAAAUCGGACACAUUCCUUUAAUCGAUGGUACUUAAAAUAAGAUUUAACAGUGACAGGCUUCAUUGCACACAUUCCGGUUAUUUCCGGUUAUGUCCGGCGCCAUUUUUUGCCGUGAAACAGUAUUGUUUAAGCAUUAUUGACGUUAAAUAAACAACUAUAAUCACAAUCGCCUAUUAAAAGGUUGUUAAGAAUGUCCUAGCGGCGUUGUAUAUAUACUGACACAAUAAUAAUACUGACACACUUUUUAAACAAAUUAUCUUGCCCCAAGUUAAGCAUAUAUAGCCUGUGUUAUGGGUUACAAGACAAUGAUAUAUUUAAUACAAUAUACUUACUUAAACAUACAUAAAUUCAUAUAAACAUACAUAAAUACAUUUAAACAUCCAUGACUCGGAAACAAACAUCCAUAUUCAUCAUAUAAAUGCUUGCACCUACCGGGAUUCGAACCCGGGACCUCUAGCUUAGUAGGUAGGAUCGCUAACCAUUCGGCUAUACAGGUCGUCAUAUAUAUAUAUAUAUACAUUAACUUAUGCAGAUAACAAUAAAACAUUCAUUCAAAUUAACAUCUUAUUUCGUUGCAAUAAUGUUCAAAGUCUAUUUUAUACGCUCAUAAGAAGCUCGGACGCGAACACGCCUUUAUGCCGUGAAACAGUAAUGUGUAAGCAUUAUUGUUUCUAUCUGUAGGGUGCCGUAGCUAGUGAAAUUACUAGGCAAAUGAGAAUUAAUUCUUAUAUCUCAAGGUGACUUUAUUGGUGAUUACUUAGGGUAUGUUCCGAUAUGCACUGCGACCACUGUACAGUGUGACGUCAAUUUAGUUUACUGUGAAGCCGUUCAUUUAUAGCCAGUAUACUGGUUACUAUAUAAAACGGAACGCAAUCCCGUAUACUGUCAGCCGCAAUUUUUGAUGCAGCAUUCAAAUGAGUUUAUUAUUUAAAGAUUUCUAGUUCAUUAAAAAAAACUGUUGUCGGAGUACUGUCAAAUUAAAAAUAUUUGUGAUUAAACUGUAGAUAUUGUUUAUAAAACGUUAGGCACUCGAGUGGUUUUGACUGAUCACGUGAUCAAAGUACUGCGAUUACCUUACCUCGAAAACGCCAGUACUCACAGUAGAAUAUGGCGGUUAUGACGUCAUAUAUUUCCCUAGGGUACUGCGGCAGUAUACUGACAGUCCAUAACGGAACGAAUUUUUCUACAGUUAUAGCACUGUGCAGUGCUCGCAGUGCAUAUCGGAACAUACCCUUAGUAUUAGGUGAACAUAUAUCUUGUCUCGUCACUUUUUUUCUCAUACAAAAACAGUUUGUUUUUUAGUGAUAUCCCUCACUUCUGCAAUAAAAUAUACAAAUUUAUAAUGUUUCAAUUUGAAAGAUUUGAUUUGGACGUCUCAAGUCAAUUUCCUAAUAUGUAAAUUUUGGGGUUGAGCACAGUAUCAACUAUAAAGUAGAUCUUGUAGAUGGAGCCACAACCUGAGAGUUGGACUAGACAUCCCAAGAUUUACGGUUGAUGCGUCACUCGGAAAGUUGGCCCAGUUGGUGAAAGCGCUCGGACGGAACCCUAGAGGUGCUGGUUCGACACCCGUAUCGUCCAUAAAAUUUGUACAUAAAAAAACAGUAUUGCAAUAAAGCAUAAUGCGUGUUACAAACAGAACCGUACAAUCGUUUGUAAAACAUCAAAAUACUUAUUCUUAUAUACCGUUGAUAUCGUUAUAGUUUUAAACUAGCAAUUAUUUUAUUCAACUAUAGUUCAAUGAAAUGUAUAUAUAAAUUAUUAAAACUUUCGCGAGACAUUAUUCAAUUUAUUUAUUGAAAAUCGGCUUUAAUCACAGUUCAUCGGUGUGGGUGCCGGUUAGUUCCUGACUAUUCGGAGGUCCUGCAUCCGUCUCAUACUGCAGAUGUGCGCUCGUAGUAUGCGACUUUUUGAAAAUAAGGGACGAUACGAGCAGGACGUACAGCUAAUGGUAAUGGAUACGCCCUGCCCAUUACAAUGCAGUGCUGCUCAGGAUUCUUGAAAAACCCCAAAAAUUCUGAGUGGCACUACAAUUACUGCGCUCGUCACCUUGAGACAUAAGAUGUUAGGUCUCAUUUGCCCAGUAAUUUCACUAGCUACGGCGCCCUUCAGGCCGAAACACAGUAAUUCUAACACAUUACUGCUUCACAGCAGAAAUAGGCGCCGUUGUGGUACCCAUAAUCUAGCCGGCAUCCUGUGCAAAGGAGCCUCCCACUGGUUGACAGAGCGGGGUGCGCCGGCAGUGGUGACCCGCACGUUAGCACUGAAAAUUUGUGUCACCGUGUUCAAGGAUGCACAAAAUAUACUCACAAUGUCUACUAUGUGUAUAUACUUAAUCAUCUGCACUACUGGCACAAUACAAGUACCCUAGAACAGUAGUGUAACUCAGCGGUCUCCAUGAAAUUUAUACCUACGCUACGUCUGGUCGGAGCACUAAAGUUGGUACAUACUAAAAGAUUGUACUCUAAGAGCACUAGAGUUGGUACAUACUAAAAGAUUGUCGGCGCGGCCCGGCUACUAGUGGGAGACUCCUUUGCACCGGAUGCCGGCUAGAUUAUGGGUACCAAAACGGCGCCUAUUUCUACCGUGAAGCAGUAAUGUGUAUAUUCAAAUUCAAAUAUUUUUAUUCAAAACAGGAUUUAUAAUCACUUAUUGAACGUCAAAAUCUACCACCCAUUCAAAAGAGACUGCCUCAGACCUGAGAAGAAUGGGCGCAAGAAACUCAGCGGGUUUUUUUUUAUAUAAAAUAUGGAUUACAAUGUAAUAUCGUACAAUAAACAUUCACAAUUAAAGAGCCUGAGGGUGUUCGCUUUAAUCCCAGUCCGUGGUGUCAUUAAGAAAAUCGUUUAUGCUAUAAUAACCUUUCCCACACAAACGUUUUUUAACAAUUCUUUUAAACUUCGUAACACAUUUGUUUUGUACAUUUUCUGGGAUCAUAUUGUAGAAACAUAUACACCGCCCAACAAAAGACUUACUAACUCGACCCAACCGAGUAGUAGGCAUAACAAGUUUAUGUUUGUUCCUCGUGUUAACAUUAUGAAUGUCACGUACAUUACUGUGUUUCGGUCUAAAGGGCACCGUAGCUGGUGAAAUUACUGGGCAAAUGAGACUUAACAUCUUAUGUCUCAAGGUGACGAGCGCAAUUGUAGUGCCGGUCGGUUGUCUUUGUUUAACAACACGGGUUUCCAAGUAGGUGGCAGAGACCAACCCUUGUCUCUAUUAAAAUUAGUCAGUAGAAGGUAGUGGAACAACGCUGAUGAACCGUGUUUAAAACCAAUUGAAAUAAAAUGAAAUGUUAUAAUUUCUCAAGUAUUUCGAAUAUAUAUAUUAUAUUAUCAGGCAUAUCUACCAAGUUUCUUUAUCUGACCAUUGUCACUACAGAAUUACAUGACAGGGAGAAGUAAUUUUAAACUUGGAGUAAGUUUACAUGGGGUUUAUUAAUUAAAAAGAUAGUGAGUGUUUAAAAAAAAAUCAUUAAAUCUUGACACCUGAGGAUGUAGGUUUGUGGACAUUUCUGUGUUAGUGAGAAUUUGAGGAAGUUCAAAGUCAGACAUGUAGAAGGGGUCGGUAAUUUAAAUGCACUUAAAAUUGAAAUAUCUGUAUUUUACAGUUUCAACUAUUGAUUAUUAUUAUAAUAACUGACUCAAUACAAUUUGGGCACCGUUGCCCCUUAGAAUUCACAAUAAGUAAUGCCCGAACUUAGCGCUCUGGCUUAUAUAGGGCACGACCGUCUGUCGUAAUGAUGGUACCAACUGUUAUUUGGCACUUGCCAAUGCUUUAAGUUAGCAGACUAUUAUGAAUAAAGGGGAUUACUUUUUGCUAAUGUAAAUGAAAUACUUAAAAUAAUGUGAUUUUGUUAUAUUUUUAUCUUUUAAAACAUAAAUUGGUGAAAAUAUUGCGAAAAGCUUUCUUAUUGGUGUUGUAUUAUAUUAUAGAUAGAAAGAUAUUAUAAAUUGGUAUCAACACACAAUAUCCCGUUCUUAGAUAAUUUAUACGUCUAGACAGAGCCUCUUGCUGCUAGACAACCGAUGAAAACAGGCCAGGCUUAUAACUUUAGUGUGCGUGACAAGCUGUUCACAUAUAUAUAUCUACAUUCGCAAUUUGUAUGUCAGUGUGCAUUGCUCAAAGUAGAGGCUAACAGUCAACCUCAAAUUUUUUCCCCAUGUUUUCACAGAUCCAAAGUCUAUUCUUAACGUAUAAAUGAUCUAAGACCCCGUUGGUAGUAUUAUAAUUUUUAGUUAGAAUAAAUGAAGAAUGAAUUAAAUGUUGUUUUAGGUCGGUAAAAAUUGUAAAUAUUUUGAAAUAAAACAAUUCCGCUGAUUCCAUAA